UUCCUCAGUGAACGUGAGUACAACCAACCAAGCUAUUACAUAAGUUUAUAAAUAACAAAUAAUAAAUUGUAGAAUAUAAUGUCGAAUGCAUCUUCCGUUAAUGUAGAAGAUGAAGACAAAACCACACGCCGUGAACAUGAUGAUGAUAUUCAAUCUGAAGACUAUGACGACACAGAAGAAGGACAAGGAAAACGUACUUUACUGCUGUUCGAGGGUCCUGCUGCAACAGUUUCUUCAUCAGAAGAGCCUCCAAUGGAAGAAUGGUCUUCACUUAAUAUUGAAAUACCAGAAGAUAAUCGAAAGAAGCUGUUAUACCAGCAAGGACAGUAUGACCCGGGCAGCGGAGAAAUAUGCGCUGCGUAUAUCGCAAUGUCUGAUAGUGCUGUUCUAAAACAUCCAUAUUAUAACUAUCCAGCUGUUAAAGAUCCAGGAAUCCUAGCCGCACUACAGGAAGAUGAUCUUGACGUCAUCUAUGCCGACGAUGGUCAAGAGUUUUAUCUUGAAACUUGUAAAAUAAUGGAACAGUGUCCGGUAAGAAUGUUUUACAAAGGAUUACAAGAACGUGAAAUUGAUCUCAGCUACUAUGGAGUCAAUCCAGAUGGAGUGAGAGCUAUGGCAAUGGCAUUGAAAAAUAACACUAACACAGAAGUUCUGAAACUAACCGAUAAUUUUCUGAACGAUGAUGCUUGCUUUCAUCUGGGUGAGCUAUUGUCAUUCAAUAAUAACCUCGUUGAGCUGGAUCUAGCAGGCUGCAGGAUUGGCAUUGAAGGGUUGAGACGGCUUAUUGAAGGGCUACCUACUAACCAUACUCUGAAGUCAUUGAAUCUUAGUAAAAACAACUUAGGUGAUGCAGGCGGUGAAAUGUUGGCUAACGUCUUAGCAGAAGGUAUUGAUAUCGAAAAACUAUAUCUUAGCUAUAACAAUUUGGGUGCUAUUGCUACGAAUGCUUUCAUAAAAGCAUUUGAGAAUCAUAAUGAUUUGAAAGUACUUGACUUAUCAUGGAACAAAUUAUACACACAAGGGCCGACUUGUCAGCUGUUAACAAUUUUGACAAUAAAUGAAUACAUAGAAGAACUGUACUUGGCAUGGAAUGCGCUUGCAGGUGCUCGUAUUGGAGAAAGUAUUAAAAAGUUCCUGAGUGCUCCCCAAUUGACUCACUUAGAUUUAAGUCACAAUAGACUGGCAGAUCAAGCUAUAACUAAUAUUGCAGCAGGUUUAAAGAAAGCUGAAAAUUUAUUAGUUCUCAAUCUUUCUGAUAAUCCAAUGUCUCCCCAAGAUGCCAACUUGUUGGUCUCCAAAAUGAAAUCUAAAAGCGUUAUGCUCAAAAAACUUUAUUUAGAUAAUAUUGAUGUUAACGAAGACUUUAUAGAAAACCGCAAUCAUGUUUUAGAUAAUCCAGCAAAAAGUUUGUCAGUGAUAACUUAUGGACGAGUGAUCAAUAAGUUCUCUCCCAAAGAUACUACUGAUUUAAGAGACAUUGUAUUAAAUCGUCUUGAAUUCUUGUGGAAAAAGCCUAAAAAGCACAAAAUUGACAUAGCCUUAGUAGCACAGGCGUUGCUUAAGAAUAAUAUAAAAUUCAUUAGCGCUAAAGACUUCCAAGGUUAUAUCAAAAAAGCGCAUGGCCAGUUAAAUGAGGAUUUAGCAAACGAAAUCGGUAAUGCUUUUCCUGGUGCUAAAAUCGGUAAAAAUAAGAUGAUUGAUGUUAAAUUGCUAGUCGAUUAUAUCCGGAGAAAGUGGCCUGAUAGGAAACUACCGCCCACCCCGCCGCCGGAACCUGAGCCCGAACCACAGACAAAGAAAAAAGGCAAAAAAAAGAAAAAGAGCCGCAGUAAAAGCAGAAGUAAAGAACGGGGUAAGAGUAAGGGGCCGGGAAAAAGUAAGGGACGUGGUAAAAGCCAGGAGAGGGGUAAAAGCAAAGAACGGGGUAGAGCGAAAAAAAAGUGAUAUGACGAAGUGCUACCAAAUAUCUUAUUCAAAAUCAUCUGUUGCUGGUUAUGCCCUUGGGCAUAAAAUAGUCGUGUUAUUUGUAGUUAUAUUUUUUUAACAUUUUCAUAAUUUUACUUACUACUUAAAUUGAGUGUAUAUCCUUUUACUUACUUAAUUACACUAUUAUAUCUUAAA